AUGGAAGAAGUGUGGAACGCCUUUCGCCGUGAGCUGGGUGCCCACGGUGGGCUGACUGGGGCACAGCUGCAGGAGUUUCUCAUCCGCUUGGGGAUCGACCCUGCCCACGUGAAGGACCUUCUGAAGGAAUUUUCCGCGGAUCCGCACCAAAGGUUUGACUUUAGUGACUUCCUCCGCUUCCUUGAGGAGGGCCUUGAGGGCCCCGAGGGCAAGGCCGCCCGGCCGUCCGAGUCCAAGCCAUUCGACCUGAUUGUUCUUGGCUGUGGCCCCGCGGGCGUCAAGGCGGCCACCGAGGCCGCCAGCCGCGGGUACCACGUCGGCAUCGUCGAACCCCAGGAGAAGCCCACUGGUGCUCCCACUGGCGCAUACUCCAAGUGCAUCCGGGAGGCCGUGAUGGCCAAGAAGUGGACCUGGCCCGAGAUCCACGACAUGGUCCAGAAAAUCGUGGCGCACGCGCACGAAAACACCAUGCGCCUCCUGCACGCGUUUCACAUUGACGUCCUCGUGGGUGCCGCAUCCUUCGUCGACACCAAGACGAUCUCUCUGGCAAAGCCCUCGGGCGGCACCCGCACCCUCGAGUCCUCGGCCUUCGUGAUCGCCACGGGGUCCAAGGCCAACCACCUCCCGAUGAUACCCUUCGACCUCCCUGGCGUCUACGACUCGGACACAGUCAGCCAGAUCGACUUCAUCCCCAAGUCUAUGGUGGUGCAGGGCGCUGGCAUCAUCGGCUUGGAGUAUGCCAACAUGUUCGCCAAGCUGGGCGCCCGUGUUGUGGUGGUCGAGUUCGCGGACAAGAUGUUGCAGAUGUUGGAUCGUGAGCUGCAGGCGGCAUUGCUGGCCGACCUGGCGGCGAACAAAGUGGAGAUCCUUCUCAAGACCUCCAUCACGACUGUGCGCCCACAGGAGGCCGGCAUCCGCGGGAAGCCUUCGCUCAUCGUGGACACCACGGGAGGCUCCUUCCGCUGCGAGUGCCUCCUUUCGGCCGUGGGCCGCUGCGGCACGACCGAUGGUCUGGGACUUGAGAAGAUUGGGGUCACCAUCGGCCGAGGGAAGAUGAUCCAGGUCGACGAGAAUCAGUAUACCGGCGUGGCCAACAUCUACGCUGUGGGAGACGUCGCCGGCGGAAAUCUUGCGACCAUCGGGCAGGCACAGGCCGUGCGCGCCGUCCGGCGGCUAUUUGGCAGCGGCAAGUUCACUCUGGUCGACAAGGCCGUGAAGCCUUACACCGUUUGGACCAUCCCGGAGAUCUCCUGGGCCGGCUUGAACGAGCAGGAGGCCGAGCAGAAGAAUCUGAACUUCGGUGUGGUCCGCGCAGACUACGGCAAGACGGUGCGCGGCAUUGUCUCUGGAGAGCCGGGCUUUCUGAAGCUGAUCUUCGACAGAGACAACGGGAAGGUCCUGGGUGUCCACAUCUGCGGUUCCCAGGCGUCCGAGCUCAUCAACUUCGGUGCGGACGCGGUGGACUCGGGAACGACGAUUUUUGAGAUCCUGCAGUUUGUCUUCCCCGCAGUCACCUUCCACAUCCUCUACAACUGGGCAGCUGCGGAGGCCAAGAUUCGGUUCUCCGGAGUGAAGAGCCUCUCGGGCGCGGCUUCCUGGGGCCGCCUCCGGAGGUCUAUCAUCCGCAGCUUGGAGCGCGCGGAGUCCGAGCUCAGCUUCGAGGAGGCGGUGUGCUCAGCCUUCCGUACCUUCGACUCGGAUGGCUCCGGCUUCCUCACAUCUGAGCAGCUGCAGGCUGCCAUGUCCAGCCUGGGCCUCGACCUCGACAAGGUGGCGGUGGAGGAGAUGAUCAAUGAGGUGGGUCUGCUGGCUUAG